AUGGACGAGCAGAGCUACCGCGACCACUGCCUCAUCGUUGUGGGCGGCGGCACUGCCGCGGAAGAGACGCUCUGCAAGCGGCGGCUUGCUGUGGGAGGAGCUGGAUCGGUGCUUCUUAUGGCAGCCUCCGAGGGGAGCCACGACGAGCUUCGGCAAACGCCUGGGAGCGUCGUUCGCACCUACUGGACAAAAACCGGCCCUGAUGCGGUGGAGCUGCAGGCCCAGCAGCAACUGGUAAUCUUCCGGGCAGCUGGGAAGAUGCGGCACGUGCAGAUUCUGGAUAAUGAGUGGGGGGUGCAGGCCGAAAUGUCAGGCUAUGUUGUGCUGAAUCCUGACAUGGAGCUUGCGCAGGAACUAGAUGUGGAGGUUAAAGACCCCGAUCUCAUGGCCUGUGGCACUUUCUCCUGGCGCCACAUGCUCCUGUCUAUGGCCUUGCUGCUUGUAUGGCACGUCGCGAGGUGGGCGAUCUCCAUCUAUUUCGAGAAGCAGGCUCAUGAGGGACAGCUGCCUUGGUGGCGUGGUGGUCUGGUCUGGUUCAACGGAAUGGUCUUCUGCUGCUGGGCUCUUUUCGAGAUUUGGGCUGCCAGCCUUGCGGCAGAGAGGUCUACGUGGCUGACCUGGCUGACGGGACAGGUCUUGGGCGUCAGCCUCGCUGUUGGAGCGACCUGGAGACAGGUGGCAGACUUCCCGAUGUCGCUCCUAGGCGUGGGUGGCAACUUUCUCACAGGACCGACGCUUCUGUACUACUUGACGCGGGCACGGCACGAGACGUGCCGAUUCAUUCCCUGCUUGAUGUGGACGGUGGCGCAGCUCUGCGGCACGGUUGGUUGUUGCAUAGUGCUGGCUGGAAUGGUGGUGACCUACCUGUUUCUACUUGCCGAUGGCCAGGUUUUUUUGGCAACUGCCUUCUUGCCAGUGAGUACUGCCUUGACGGAGACCAGCACAGUGUUCUUCACGAAGCUCGUCUACAGCCGGUUAGUGGUUGCGAAGCGUCCGCAAGUUCCCGGCGACACCGCCUACCAGGCCAUGCCGUUCAUGCUCAUCGCCGCCCACGCCUUCUCGGAGGCGGCGAGGCUCGUGGCUGUCUUUGGCGGCGCGGUGAACGAGGGGAGCUGGAGUUGGCUAGGUGGGACGGUGUAUCGUGGGCAAGGCGCCGCUGUGGCAGUGUUCGCUCCAACAGGAUGGUCGAAGCUGCAUGACGAGCUGAAGAUCUCCGGAGGUUACUUCCGCUUUAUCGCGCUGAUCGGGCUGGUCAUUGCCAGGUACAUGAUGUUUGGUGAGCUGGUGCUCGACGGACCGAAGGCACCAGGCUUCAAUCCGUCAGCCGCUUGCGCGCUUUUGGUGCUGCUCAUGCUGGAGAUUUUGGAGGACAACAUAGUACUGCGCGAGCUCCUCCCGAUGGCUCCGCUACCACUGGAGUUUAUCGAGGCGAAGGACCCUCGGGCAAAGCCGGACCCAGGCAACCUCAUCAGUGUAGAGGUGCGGCCCAGCCGGUCUCCGAUCUCCGACCCCUGGCGCUUGAACGAGCUGAACAACAAAGGGGAGCGUCGCGCCACCAACCUGGUACCAACCGUCCCGGACCAUCCUCCCGAGCUAACAGAUCGCCAGUUGUCUUUGGGGCCCCGCCAUCCAUCCAUACGGUCAAGGAUCCGGCAGUGGUUUGGGCAGCAGCGCGCCGUCAUCCCGGCGCUGACACUAGUGUCCACGGUCUUCGCGAGAUGCCGUUUUCGAUCCAGCUCUCUGCCAUCGGCAUCACGUGCGAGGUGA